AUGUUAGUUUCAAAUCGAUAUGAGAGACAAGCCAGUAUGUUUGAUAAAUCAAAUUUUAAAAUUUCAACGUGUGAUAUUUUACCUAUUGUAAGAGAUUUUUUCAAACAAUCAACAGGCGAACGUGAUAUUAUUACCAAUAUUGAUGAGCUUCAACGCUGUUUAUCUGAUAUAAAACCAUUUUCACGAUUAUUAAAAUCAUUACAAAAUAAAAUCUUACAAGAAGCAUGGUAUGAAUGUUAUCCUGAACAACGUACAAUUGUUCGACAAGGUGAUCGUCCUGCAUGUUUCUAUAUUAUUUUAUCUGGUUCAGCAAUUAUAACAUAUAGAAGAGUAGCUGAUAGUCAUAUUGAAACAUUAGCUAUUCUACAUAGAGGAUCUACAUUUGGAGAAAAAGGAAUAAUGACAGAUUCUCGACAACAAUUUACUGUUACAUCAAAAACAAAACUUGAAUUAUUGGUUCUAUGGAAAGAUGAUUUCAAAGCAAUUUAUAUGACGGACGAUCGAUAUUGUAGUAAAGAUGAUUUAAAAUUUCUCAAAAAUAAUGUACCAUUUCUACGUGGCUUUUCAAUAGAUCAAUUAAAUGAAUUUCCACAUGCAAUACAACAUUGUAAUUAUGGACAAUCAGAAGUAAUUGCUCAAGAUAGUCGUCUUAUAAGACAUAUAUUUAUUGUCAAAAGUGGUUCACUUGCAAUAUGGAAACGUCUUGAACCUAAUGGUUAUAUUCCAAAAUUAAGUAAACAUGAUUUAGAUCAAAUAAAAAAUGAAAAAAUGGUUGAUGAUAAUGAUGAUGAUAUUCAUGAAGCAACAGCAGAUGAUAAUGCAUUAUUUUCAGAAAUUCAACUUAGUGGUGGUAUUGAUGAAACAACUGGAACAACUCUUGAUACAGAUUCUCGUUUAAGUCGUUUACGUCGUUCAAAAACUAUUGAUGGAAAAACAUCAGCAGGUUUAAUAAAAAGAUCCGAGAGUACUUUUAAUUUUGAAAGAAAAUUUCCUGGAGUUUCGGAUAAACGAGAAAGAUUACAAUUAAUUGAUUAUGAUGAAUUAUUAAUGAAUCAAAAUAAUACUGAACCAACUUUACCAUUAACAGAUGAAAUACCAAAACCUAAACGACCAACAAUAAAUAAACAAUCAAAAUUAAUAUUUCCUAGUAAAACAACUUAUAUACAUAUUAAAACAUUAAAUGAAGGUCAACAUUUUGGUUUAAAUGAUAUGCUUUUUCCAAAUCAAUCAGCUUUAACAUUAGUUAGUAAUAAAUGUGAAUGUUUACUUUUACUUAAAUCAUCAUUUGUACGUAUUGCAACUGAUCAAUAUAAACAAAAUAUUCGUCGAGCUGAAAUUCCAUUUCAAUCGGAUUCAGAUUUUUAUAAAUCCUAUCAUAGAAAUGAAGUAUGGAAACGUUAUUCAAAAGCAGUUUAUAAAGAUGCAUAUGAAAGAAUGAAUCAACGACAUCAACAACCUAUAAAACGUCCAUCGAAUUUAUAUCAAAAUAUUAAAAAAUAUUCAAAUUUUAUAGAUUCUAAUUAA